CGAAUAUCGUAUCGAAAAAUCGCUUACCAAAUAUGGCAAUGGUUCUCGAGAUACAAGGAUUCGAUGUUAAAACGAGUCGAUGAAUAUUUUGUGUACGUAAUACUUUAUAAUUAUUUUAUCGACGACGUAAUUCGAAUCACGUGGUAAUCUUACUCCUCCCUUUCCGGCAUAGCUUUGAUCUCAAGAUCGUGCACGGAAAGUGGAGGUAACACGUUAAUUAUUAACCAAACUAUAAUGCUUGCCUCGAGACUCGAGCAACACCCACAAAAUACGAAUAAUUCUUUCUUCUCCUACCGCCACGAUACGGAUUAUAAAACAGGGUACGCGCAAUCGUGCCACGUUCUAUCCAUGGGGGACAAACGCUACUCCAUUUUGUCCGCGGCAUUGCCAAGUUAGAUACGUUUAAAAGAAAGAAACGGAAUGAAGAGGCUCGGCGUCUCCUUGCUGGUUGCGUUGGUGCUCGUCCUAUUAGCGAUCGAGGAUACCGUGAGCAAAAAGAUGAGCAUCGAGGAAGCGAAGAAAACUAUCAAGAACCUGAGGAAAGUUUGCAGCAAGAAGAACGAUACCUCCAAAGAGCUUUUAGACGGCCAAUUCAGAGGCGAAUUCCCGCAGGACGAGAGGCUGAUGUGCUACAUGAAGUGCAUCUUGAUAACGACUAAAGCGAUGAAGAACGACGUUAUUCUGUGGGAUUUUUUCGUGAAGAAUGCCCGUAUGAUAUUAUUCGAGGAAUACAUUCCACGCGUUGAGAGCGUAGUCGAAACGUGCAAGAAGGAAGUGACAGCUACGGAGGGAUGCGAGGUUGCGUGGCAAUUUGGCAAGUGCAUCUAUGAAAAUGACAAGGAGGUGAUUUUUAAAUACGAUUACGCCGAAAAUAAUACUUUGGCUCUAUUUAGUGCCAUGAACGAUCUUUCAAUAGAGAACUCGCGAUAUUAUCGAGGAAGCAAGAGAAAUUUCUACACACCUGCACAUCGUCGUUAUCUUGGCCAUCACGUUCAUAACCGUGGAAAAGCAGUGUGCAGAAAUACCAGGACCAAACCGCAAUGUAGAAGAGUCUAAGAAAUAUCAUCGACCAUGUUUUAUUCUAUAAUCGGUCCUCGAUCGAUAAUUUUUCGAAAAAAAAUUUUUUUUUUUCAAAUUUCCAUGCGCAAAUAAUUUUAUCACAGAUCUACGAAUGGCUGUCUUUUACAUUGAAAGACUAGCCUUUAAAUAUUACUGUGUUCC